AUAGAACAGUGUGAGAGAAAAUGAGCCACUUUAAACGACAGCUCUUAAUGUGGUUAUAUUAGCUGUGUUAUAGAGAUAUAGAAAAUAAUAUCUAUAAUUGAUGACAAUAAUAUCAUUUGUGGAUGGCUCCAAUAGAAACGAGCUGGAUAAUUGAGUUUUCAGCGGUAGUGUAGAACACACAAGGGUGCGACUAAGUUCAGGAGAUAUAAAUAUGUUUGACUUAUUUGUCGCUUUAAAUCAGUGGGAAAUGUAUGUUUUUGUGUAUUCGCGUUGUUGAAGUAAAAGUGCUCAUUUGACUUGCAUUUCAAUUUCAUUUCGUACUAAAGAACAACUACGUACUAAAGAACAAACACUACCUGUUUGUUUCCACUGAUUGUUUCUGUUUUGUGUUGUAUUAUAUAACACUUAUCGGAUUUUGCUAAAGUUAAAUAUUUUCCUUUUAAAUUGAAAAGCUGUCCAAUGGAAAUGUCAUCAAUGGACAUAGACAAAGAAAGCACGGGCUUACAACAUGGUUGGAAAUACCUGGAGUCAUAUCACACGCAAGAAAAUGAGGUAAAAUCUGUUUCUAGCUCACAAAAUGAAAAUUCGACGACGAAGCCGUCGGGACUGUGUGUAGCUAGAAUAUCAAAUAAACUGUCUCGGGACUUUACAAAAUGUAACCAGUCCAAUUCAUGCGUAGAUAGUCUAGCAAAUAGGAAAAAUGACUGUGAAAAACAACUAGAGUUAAGACUUCAUAGCAAUGUUAAUGAGAACCAAAUUGUAGAAGAGGUAGGUGGAAGUGACAAAGAUGAUGACAAAGUGUUUGUAACACAACACGAAGAAUCGGCAGAUAAACAUAAUCUUAAUGAAGAUGAAACCAGUAAAGUUAAAACCACGGCUUUCUCAGUGAACGAUAUUUUGGACCCUAACAAGUUUGUUGGUUGUCAGAGUGAGUCCCGAGUCUGGCAUCCUUGGCUUAGGGAUGAAGGCGUAAGAGACUACUCAAGGUCAAAUCUAGAAAAGAAAAAAGACAUUAAAGAUUCAACGAAUUGCCCUGAUGACGAGAAAAUUGCCGGCGAUAUUUACAAACCAGAAGGUGAUCAGAUUCUUUCUGACGACGACAGUAUGGGCAACUGUGAUAUAGAUGAAUUGUCUGAUUCCGAUCACAAACUUCACGCAGACGACACUUCCAGAGGCGGGAAACCAAGGCGCGCUAGAACAGCAUUCACAUACGAACAAUUAGUUGCACUGGAGAAUAAAUUUAAAACAACUAGAUAUUUAUCAGUCUGCGAGAGGCUUAAUCUUGCUCUGUCGUUAAAUCUAACAGAGACACAAAUUAAAAUUUGGUUUCAGAACCGUAGAACGAAGUGGAAGAAGCAAAAUCCGGGUCUCGACGUAAACAGUCCCACAAUUCCACCGAACGGAAGUGCGUCAUCGUACAGCUCGCCGUUCGGAAGCAUGUUAUAUACACACGGACUACACCCUUACUUUCCAACUCUUGGGUCGUACGGUCUACUGAAGGCGAGGACUGCAUAUGCCGGACAAUUGCCUGUGUUUCCUCAACAUUUUUCACAGAAUGUAUGACAUUGUUAAAUUACUCACAAUCGUGCUAAUUUAUGUUUGCAAAGACUAAGGAAUUUUUGUGCAAUGUUCUUCUGUGCGCCUGUUUAGGGUUCGCUCAUAAUUUUGCAGUGUACAGAAAGUUUUGUUCAACGAAAGACACUGAAUGCAUAUUACACAUUUGAAAAUAGAACUAUCGUCUUAUUUACAUUAUAAACGAAAAAAAAAACAACUUUGGAAUUUUGCCUUCUGAAGAAAUAAUGCCAUAGUUCUACCAUUUUUAACAAAUAACAUAAUAUAUUGGUAUAGUUGGCAUUUUAAAGAUAUAAAAAGAAUACCAGAAGAGAUUAUGAAUGUAUCAACAUUGAAACAUUGUUCAACAUUGUUUCUCUUUUCUUUUUUUUUUUAUUUAAUUAAGUAUCUGGAAGGAAAAUUGAUAGAAGAAAAUGGCGAUAAUGGAACCGGAUAGUUACAAGACCUAUACUUGUAAACAUUAAUUUGAAAUUAAUUUAUUUUCGCUGGAAUUGAGAGUAUAUUUUGUUUGUUUUUUAAAUAUCAAAGAUAUGAAAAUAUAGAAAUUCUUUUAGCCAUCUUAAAUGCAAAAUAAUUGAACAGAAGUUAUGAAAAUGUUUUUGUUUGUACAUUAUCUCACUGUAUAGAAAUAAAUUAUUGAAGAUUA